CGCCCCUCGGGCGAUACGCACCUUACAUCGUCGACCUUGGUUCGUCGACCGUCGGUACAAUUGACGUUCAAUUGUCUGAGAAGGCAGCCGACAUGAUCGUUAGCUUUGACAGAGAAGAGAAACAACAGAAAUGCUGAUUCAUGUUGAUGUGCAGUGAGAAAUAGGAAACUGGAAAAGUAAAUUUGUUACUAUUAUAAUUAUUAAUAUCUAUCAGUGCUUAAUAUUAGCAAGGAGUGAUAUUGCUAUUACUCCCUUUGAUUGCCGGUUUGCAAUCGUGUUGCCCAAUUCAUUAUUGUAUUAUUUGGGAAUUCCAUAGUUUGUGGAGACACAAUUGAGUGCAAAGGGUAAGAACUAAAACCUAAAACAUGCAUUUGAUUAAAACUUAUCCUAAACGUUUAAAACCUAAUGUUACAUGCAGCUUAACCUAAAUACGAAGGAGGCUUCAAUUAGCAGAGUCGAGGUAGAAGAGAUUGCAGGAGGCACUAAACGUAAGAUCAACUUUAUUGUAUCCUUAAACCCCAUAUUAACUUCUUAUCAUUAUUAAAGGAAAUUUUAACCAGCCAAAAGUGUGCGUUGGUUCAUUUUUUCGGAAGACGAUUCCUCCAGUUGGCGCGGCCAACAUAUUAAAAUUUCGUUUACCCCGGAACGAUGUCGGAUCCAGGUAUGGAUGCUGCGAAGAAGACCAAAGGUAAGCAGCAGAAGUCUCCUCCUAGUAUAAGGUCAGUAAAUAAAGAACCCCCCAAAGACCCGUCUAAACAGACCCAGAACAAAGCCUCAAAAAGCGACAUCGUCGCCAGUUCGACCUCUAAACCUCUAAAUCCCCCUAAAUCAGACCCUCAAGCCACCAUUUCGGCUGAAAAGAGUUGUGCGUUAUGCGAAAACCCGGUUAAUGAGCGUAUGGUGCAAUGCAAUACAUGUGACGUGUGGCAUCAUUUCUCGUGCGUGGGUGUUUCCGAGGAUAUCAAGGGCUACAAUUGGACCUGCUUGAAAUGCGAUACCGCGAAGGCAGCCAAAGGUGCGAUUCCACGGAAGAUGAUGACGCGAGCUGCAGCUGCAAAAGGUACAAAGAAGGCGAAUCGGAAGGAGGGGCAGAUAGAUGGAGUGAACGAGCAGACGAAAGAGGCCGAUGAGCUAGCCGGUGCAGUCGGAGGGCCAGCUCCAAGCUUGAAAGCGAGCCGGGCCGGUUCCGUAGUUUCAGCAGCAUCACGAAAGUCAGCAAAAGCUCGUUUGGACGUGGAACUGCAGCAGAUCAAAGCUGAGGAGGAGUUGAUGCGAGAAGAAAUGCAACGGAAGCGAGAAUUGGCGAAGAAGAAGUUCGAGGUCCUGAAGGAGAUGGCUGAUCUGGAAGGUAGUGGCGAAUCCGCUGUUGAUCAGCCGAAUGUCGUCAAUAAAGUUGAGCACUGGUUGAAGCGUCACAGCGAGAUCCGUGAAAAGGACAAGCAGUCGUACAAGGAAGCCAGAGAUUAUGAUUCUGAAGACUGCGUGGAAACCGAGGCUUCGAGCGAAAUUUCAGCGUCUGGUAGCGAAUCAGAUAGUGAUGAAGAGACGUCGACGGACAGCGGAGCGGAUCGAGAUGGUAGAGCAGAUGGAGCGCAAUCCGUCGGAGAGCUCGUAGGGCGAAGGCAUCUCAGGCCUAAAAUGACCUCGACCAGGAAGGUCCCGAAAGGUGGAAGUAGCAACCGAUCUGGAACGGAGCGACAACAAUCAUUGCGGAGCGACAGGAAGCUUUCGAAGGAUGAACUAGCAGCCCGUCAAGUUGUUCCUCGCGAACUGCCGAAGUUUAGCGGUAAUCCGGAGGAAUGGCCGAUGUUUGUGUCAACGUACGAAGAUACUUCAGCCAUGUGUGGAUACACGGACGCCGAAAACAUGAUUCGCCUCAGGAACUGUUUGAAGGGAGAUGCGUUCAACGCUGUCCGAAGUUUUUUGAUGCGGCCUGAAACCGUGGGAAGAGCGAUCAGUGCGUUGAAGCUGCGGUUUGGCAGACCGGAGACGAUUAUCGACUACUUAAAGGAGAAAAUAAUAGCAAUGCCGAUCAUCAAGCCGGACGCGAUGGACAAGCUGGUCGACUUUGCGCUGGAAGUUCAAAACCUCUGUGCUACGAUAGAAGCUUGCGGAGAGAAGCAGUACAUGUGUGAUACGACGUUGCUGAAGGAAUUCGAGAAGAAGUUGCCACCGCAAAUUAGACUGGACUGGGCCCGAUACAAGAGGAAGUUGCGGAAAGCGAAGCUGUCCACGUUUGGCCGGUGGAUAUACAACCUGGCGGAGGAUGUGAACGUGGUCUUCGAACCGCAGUGCCGUGGAAACAAGACGCAGGAGUUCGCGAGAGGAGUUCGUAAGGAGAAGUACGUGAGCACCCACACUGAAGUGCCGGUCACGGAUAGGUAUCAGCAAGCCCGCCAAACUCAGCAGUCAGCAGUCGUAGGGAGCGGAGAAUCGAAACCCUGCCCGGCCUGCAAGAGUGAUUGCAAGUGUCUGGCAAAAUGCAAAAGAUUUCUGGAUUUGUCGUACGAGGCGAAAUGGGCCACUGUUCGCGGCUUCAAUUUCUGUCGCAAGUGUCUUCGGCAACAUAAAGGUGGCUGCAAUUCCGGAGAAUGUGGAAAGAACGGUUGCACGUUCAAGCACCACGUAUUACUCCACAGAGACUUAGCCGUACCCGGUGCAUCGAGCAGUGUUACACCCAACAGAUGUGGGUCUUCAAAGCAGAACGAAGAACGCAAUGUGAAUACGCACCAGUCAUCAACAGGUCCAGGAUCGUUCCGGUACCUGCCGGUAACUCUGUAUGGCGACGGUGUGCACGUGAGAUGUUACGCCUUUUUAGACGAUGGGUCAGAGUUAACACUCAUCGAUCAGCAGCUUGCGGAGGAUCUUAAGCUUUCUGGAGCAGUUCUGCCUCUCUGCCUGAAAUGGACGGGAGGUACCCACCGCUACGAAUCAGACUCACAGAGUAUCAACGUCGAAAUAUGCGGAAAGGAUGGAAAGCGGACGUUAUUGCAGGACGUGAGGACUGUCGAAGAGCUACAACUGCCGUACCAGUCACUAGAUAUGGACCAACUCUCAGAGCGGCACGGCUACCUGCGUGGUCUGCCCGUGGACUCGUAUUGUAACGUUCGUCCACGAAUACUGAUUGGAUUGAAGCAUGCCAACCUAAUGCUGGUGCGAAGGAGUCGUGAUGGCAAAAUGGGUGAGCCAAUCGCCGUCAAAACCAAUCUUGGCUGGACUGUAUACGGUGGCUGGGAAUCGCAGGACUCUUCGAGUACAGCCAGUCAUACGUACCACAUCUGCUCCUGCAACGAACCAGGCCUGACGCAUCUGAAUCAGAUGGUGAAAGAUUACUUCUCCAUGGAUGGUUUGGUAGUUCAACCGAGCCACGUUGGACGGCUUUCUAAGGACGAUGAACGCGCCAUGGCUCUUCUGGAAUCUCGCACUCACUUCAACGGAGAACGUUACGAAGCAGGCCUGUUAUGGCGGUCCGACAGAAUCCGUCUGCCGGACAACAAAGCAGUGGCAGUUCGUCGUUGGAGAUGCUUGGAAAAACGCAUGGAGAAGGACACGGAGUUAGCGAGCAUCCUGCAUGAAAAGAUUGCGGAAUACAGAUCGAAAAACUACAUCCGCAAGCUAACGUCGGAGGAGCUGUCAACAACAUACGAGCGGGUAUGGUACUUGCCUAUUUUUCCGGUAUACAAUCCGAAUAAGCCAGGCAAGGUCCGGAUUGUGUGGGACGCUGCCGCCCAAGCAUACGGGAUAUCCCUGAAUUCGGUGCUCCUCACUGGCCCAGACCAGUUAGCGUCUCUUGUGGGCAUCCUGUACCAAUUCCGUGAGCAUCGAAUAGGCGUUUGUGCCGACAUCCGUGAGAUGUUCCAUCAGGUCGACAUCAAUCCUGAGGACCAGCAAUGUCAGCGUUUUCUUUGGCGUGACCGCGACGAACACGGUGAUCCAAGCAUCUACGUCAUGCAGGUAAUGACAUUCGGGGCGAGCUGUUCUCCUGCCACAGCCCAGUUUGUGAAGAACAAGAACGCCGAAAGAUUCGAAGAAGAAUACCCAACAGCGGUAGCGGUCAUCAAAAAACGGCACUACGUGGAUGACAUGGUUUUCAGCGUUGAAACGGAGAAAGAAGCAGUUGAACUGGCGGAGUCGGUGCGUUUCAUCCACAUGGAAGGUGGAUUUGAAAUCCGCAAUUGGGUUUCCAAUUCUCCGUUGGUGCUUUCCACUAUGAAUGGAGAAGAGUCAACGGAAAAGGACCUGAACAUAUCUGCGGAAGUGGCGAGUCAAAAAAUCCUCGGAAUGUGGUGGCAUACGAAGGACGACGUGUUCAAAUAUAAAAUAUGCUGGACCAGAUUUGAUUCGGCACUGCUUGAUGGAAGUCGUUGCCCUACUAAACGGGAGAUUCAUCGGACGCUGAUGACCAUAUACGACCCUCUAGGUCUCAUCGACCACUUUCUGGUGUUGCUGAAAAUCUUGCUACAGGAAGUUUGGCGUGCUAAUGUUGACUGGGACGAACGAAUUCCCGACAACCUGUUCGAGAAGUGGCGUGACUGGCUACAAUUGCUACCCGAGGUAGAGAAAUUACGAAUUCCUAGGUGUUACCGGCAAGUUGUUUCAUCCUUGGACGCAGCUUCCAUCGAAAUUCACGUAUUCGUUGACGCAAGCGAAAGUGCAAUGGCAGCGGCAGUGUUCUUGCGACUCGUAGAAGGGAAUCAAGUGGAAUGUUCGCUGAUUGCUGCAAAGACUCGCGUAGCACCCCUGAAGUACACCUCCAUUCCACGAUUAGAACUACAGGCUGCAGUCUUCGGGUGUAGAUUGGCGAAGAACGUUAUAGGAAAUCUGACGGUGAACAUCUCCAAGUGUACCUACUGGACUGACUCCCGAAACGUUCUGUGUUGGUUAAGAGCCGAUCAUAAACGUUACAGUGCUUUCGUCGGGUCAAGGGUAAGCGAAAUACAAGAAUCGACAGACGUCCGCGAGUGGAGAUGGGUUCCGACUCGUUCUAACGUUGCUGAUGAUGGGACAAGAUGGCGAGAUCGACUCGACUUGUCGGCGAGUAGCAGGUGGUUCAAAGGACCAGAAUUCUUGAUGCAAGCGGAAGAAAACUGGCCAACACUUCCACAAAAGUUGCUUUCCACUGAGGAAGAAAUGCGACCCAGCGUGUUGCUUCACUUCAAAGUUCCCGAACCUGCGAUAGAUGUGGGAAGAUUUUCGAGUUGGCGGCGAUUGCUAGCGGUGACUGGAUACGUCCUUCGAUUCUGCUUGAACCUUCAACGUCGUCGUAGUCAGCAUCCACGCAGAACUGGACCGUUAUCGAGCGAAGAACUUCGGGAAGCGGAAGAACACCAUUACCGGCAAGCGCAACGAGAUGUGUACCAGGACGAAGUCGCAGCGCUGGAGACGAAAGAAUCCACUAUCAAGCGUAUUCCAAAGACGAGUCUACUUUACAAGUUGAGCCCGUUCGUUGACGAAUCCGGUGUAAUGAGGAUGAAAGGGAGAACCACUGUGUGCGCGUAUUUGCACAGUGACGCCAAGAAUCCUGUUAUUCUACCUCCAAAGCAUCCAGUAACAUCACUAAUAUUAGUCCAUUACCACGAAAAGUUUUUGCACCGCAACUACGAAAUAGUAGUCAACGAAGUCCGCCAGAAGUACAGCAUCUUCCGCCUGAGACAAGCCCUUGCUGCGAUUCGUAAAAACUGCCAGUGGUGCAAAAACCGUGACGUUCUUCCUCAACCGCCGGAAAUGGCAGAUCUUCCUGCGGCCCGACUGUCUGCGUACACAAGGCCAUUCGCACACGUAGGGGUGGAUUAUUUUGGCCCAAUUGAGGUAAUGGUAGGUCGAAGGGUCGAGAAAAGAUGGGGGGUUCUACUGACUUGUUUAACGGUAAGGGCCGUUCAUAUUGAGGUAGCGCACUCUCUGACAACUAGUUCCUGCAUAAUGGCAUUGAGGAAUUUCACGGCACGUAGAGGUACACCGGUCAGCUUUUACAGCGACAGGGGUACCAAUUUUGUGGGCGCAAACCGGGAGCUUCAGGAAACCAUGGAAGCGGUCAACCAGAACCAGGUGAUGCGUGAGUUUGUCACCUCAUCUACUGCUUGGCAGUUCAACCCACCGGCGGCACCCCACAUGGGCGGCAGUUGGGAGAGGCUCAUCCAAUCGGUCAAGCGAAACCUGGUGGAAGUUCUACAUGCGCGUCGGCCAACUGAUGAGGAGCUACGCAAUGCGUUGACGGAAAUAGAAGGUGUGCUGAAUGCACGCCCUCUGACUCACGUGCCCAUUGAUGACGAAGCGGCACCAGCGUUAACCCCCAACCACUUCCUGUUGGGUUCAUCCGACGGUUCCAAACCGUUGUCCCUGGUUGAUGCGGAUACUGCUGCACUACGGCGAGGUCAUCCGACUUCCCAAUGGUUGGCGAACCUUUUUUGGAAGCGAUGGGUUAGGGACUACCUACCCGACAUAACACGUCGUACAAAAUGGCACGAGCAGGCGAAACCUCUCCAAGUGGGUGACGUUGUAGUCAUUGCGGAUCCAGAGCACCCAAGAAGCUGUUGGCCUAAGGGACGAGUCAUUGGAGUAACCAGCAGUGGAAGACAAACUCGUAAAGCCACUGUGCAAACAUUGCAUGGAAUAUAUGAGAGACCAACCGUGAAGCUGGCGGUGUUAGAUGUUCGGCGCGAGAUGGAGUAAACGGAACCGGAAGGCCAGGUCCGUGUACCGGGGGGGAGUGUGACGCCCCUCGGGCGAUACGCACCUUACAUCGUCGACCUUGGUUCGUCGACCGUCGGUACAAUUGACGUUCAAUUGUCUGAGAAGGCAGCCGACAUGAUCGUUAGCUUUGACAGAGAAGAGAAACAACAGAAAUGCUGAUUCAUGUUGAUGUGCAGUGAGAAAUAGGAAACUGGAAAAGUAAAUUUGUUACUAUUAUAAUUAUUAAUAUCUAUCAGUGCUUAAUAUUAGCAAGGAGUGAUGUAAUUAUGAAUUAGAUGUUUAAUGAAUUCAAAGAAUUUAAUAUUUUGUUAUAUUUAGAUUGCUAUUACUCCCUUUGAUUGCCGGUUUGCAAUCGUGUUGCCCAAUUCAUUAUUGUAUUAUUUGGGAAUUCCAUAGUUUGUGGAGACACAAUUGAGUGCAAAGGGUAAGAACUAAAACCUAAAACAUGCAUUUGAUUAAAACUUAUCCUAAACGUUUAAAACCUAAUGUUACAUGCAGCUUAACCUAAAUACGAAGGAGGCUUCAAUUAGCAGAGUCGAGGUAGAAGAGAUUGCAGGAGGCACUAAACGUAAGAUCAACUUUAUUGUAUCCUUAAACCCCAUAUUAACUUCUUAUCAUUAUUAAAGGAAAUUUUAACCAGCCAAAAGUGUGCGUUGGUUCAUUUUUUCGGAAGACGAUUCCUCCAGUUGGCGCGGCC